AUGUCUUUACAAUAUAUUAAUAGUGAAAGGGGACAUAUAUCAUCACCUAUUUUAGGACCUUAAUUAUAAUUGAAUUACACCCAAAUAGAAGCUUAUUAAAAAGGAUCAGAAAUUAAUGUUUCUUAACCAUCUGAAACAUCUUAAAACAAUGUUAUUGAAAGUAAAAGCUAACAAUUUGAUUUAUUAAAAGCAGGCUUUUUAAGUAAAGCUUCAAAAAGUUUUAGUCGUAGAUAACCAAAUUAAUCAGUAAUUAUAAUUGAAAUAUUUAGAAAAAUAAUCAAAGGACUGAUAGUUAAUCAAUUAAAAAAUAAGAAAAAUCAUCCUUAUUAAGAAACUUUCUUAAAAAUGCUUUAGUUUAAAAGUUUAAAAAUAAUUUACUAUAAUAAUCUUAUGUUCUAUCAUACCAUAUGAAACAUUUGUUGUAAUCUGAAUCAUAUUUGUUAGAAGAUGCUUCUAAAAAAAAGAGAAGUAAUUUUUUCUUGUAAUCCCAGAAAUAAAUAGUCAAAAUCCAAAUAAGUUGUUAUUUCUCCCAGGAGAUACAACAAUAAUCAUUUGGGAUAAAUUAUCACUGCUUAUUAAUUUAUUUAGUUUAUGGUUUUGCCCAAUUUUAUUUGCCUUUAAUGAAAAUUUAUCAAUAUUUCAGAAUUUUGAAAUAAUAAUCAUAAUAUUUUUAUGUUUUGAUAUAACAAUUAAUUUAAAUAGAGCAAUAAUUGAUCAAGGAGAAAUUAUUGAAGAGAGAAAAUCAAUAAUAAAAACAUAUAUAAUUAAUCAUGUCUAUAAGAACUUAAGCAGUAUAAUUUUAUGGGUUUUAUGCUAUUACAAAUUUUAUUAAAUUAAUAUUGCAAGAGAAUUCAUAUUUUUAAUUUAAAUCGCUAUUUUGAUUAUUCAAAUAUCUAAUAAUUUUUAAAAUUAUACUGAAUAAUUAUAUCUAAAAGAAAUUACAAGUAAUUCCAAAGAUAUAAUAAGCUUAAUCAUACUAGUAUAUUUUUUUGCUCAUUACAUGGCCUGUAUUUGGCAUUAUAUUGGAGUAUAAACUACAUCUUUAGGUACAACAUGGCUAAUUGAAUACAAUCUUAUUCAUGAAGGAUUUUAUGUAAGAUAUAAUCAUUCAUUUUAUUGGGCUUCAAUGACUAUGGUAACUGUAGGAUAUGGAGAUAUAAUACCAUAAAAUUAGGUUGAAAUGACUUUUGUUAACAUUAUGAUGCUUAUUUCAAGUGUUAUGUAUGCCUAUUCUUUAAACUCUAUUGGAAUUAUUUUAAAAUCAUAUCAUGAUCAAAAAUAAAAAUAAACGUAUAUUAAUUUAAUUACUAAUUAUUUUUAGAAGAUCUUUAAUUUUGAUAAAUAAUUAUAUGAGAAAAUAUUAGUUAGAUGAAACAAUUUAGUCAAGAGUCAGAAAUUACAUUAAGUAUCAAAUUGAUAGAGAGUUUUAAGAAAAUAGAGAGAGUGUUUAUUAAAUAAUAAAUGAUUUACCUAAUGGAUUAAAAUCAGAAUUAAAUAGAGAUUUAUAAACAAAAAUUGUUAAUAAUAUUAAAGUAUUAAAUCAAUAAUUUUCAAAAUAAUCUCUAAAAAAUCUUACAGAUUAAUUAAAGUUUAUUAAAUUAACACCAAAUGAUUUUGUGUAUCAUAGAGGAGAAUCUGAUGAUUAAAAUUUGUAUUUAUUUGAAUUAUUAUUAGAUAUUAUAUUGAUGAAGGAUAAAUUGAUUUGAUAGAAGAGAAUAGCAAAAAAGUGAUAGCAACACUAAAAAAAGGAGAAACUUUAGGAGAGUAUUAAUUUUUUACAGGGUUAUAACCUAAAUGUUCAGCUUUAAGUCUGGGAUUUUCAUCUUUAUAUUAAAUAAAAAGAGCAGAUUUUAUUAAUUUGAUAAGAUAUAACUAAAAGGAUUUUGAGAAAUUUCAUAAUAUUAAAGAUACUAUAGUUUUUAAUAAUUCAUUCUCGAUAUUAUUAAAUAAUUGCAAAAUUUGCUAAAAAUAUAAUCAUUUAACGAUUGAGUGUCCAUUUUUGACUUAUAGACCAAAUUUAGAACAAAGAAUUAAAAAAUCCUUAUUUAAUUCAAAUUAAGCCAGAGAUUAAAAUUUUAAAAGGUUGAAUGAAAAACUAAAUGUAAGAAUUAUGUAUAAGGAAAUAUAAAAAUCAGUUAAAUCCUAUUAAUAAUCAGCUAAUUUUGCUGAAUAAAUUGAUGGUUCAUCAAUAAGAAUAGACACACCAGAUGUUUUGUAAAUUAGAAAAUAAGCUAUUAAAAAAAAAUACUCAAUACAACCAAAAAUACAAAAUAAGGAUAUAGAUAAUAAUUAAGACAAUGAAAUUAUUAAUUUUUAGGAUUUUAUUAAAAGAACCUAAGUUGAUAGAAGAAAAACAAAUGCAAAAACAAUAUUUGGAAAAAAACAGGAAUAUAAAAAAAAAACAUCCAUUAGAUAAUUGAGUAAUUUAAGGGAUGUUUAAGCCAGUAAUUCAAUAAAUGAAUCACUUAGUUAGAUACCCUAUGAUUAAGGAUCAUUUUUGGAUGAAUUUAAUUUAGAGUUAUAAUUUCAUCAUAACGAUAUUGAUAAAAUUUAUUUCUACCAAUAUUAUAAAAAACAUGAUAAUGCAGACAGCAUAAUAAGAAAUUUUGAAAAUUUUAGGAAAAAAAAAGGUUCAUUAGUUUUUUCAAAAUUUGAUUUAAAUGCUAGCCUUUAUACUUUUAACUUGAAUGUAAUUAAUAAAAUAUUAAAUAAGUUUAGAGUAAAUUAAAAAAAAUGA